AUGAAUGGAUAUAAUAGCUCGUUACUACAGCGAAUUAUGGUCGCCAGGUUGAGCAUGUCCAAUUUGCUGGCGUUCAAAUUUAAGAAGGGCGAGAGGGUGGCUGCAGGAUUCCAGCUUCUGGAGACGCAGAUGAACCGAUGUUUUGUCGUUUUUGAAUGGAUGACGAUCGCUGACGAUCGUCCAGUGCUGUCGAUUAUCAUCAUCGCCGUAGCCCGCCACCAGCGCACCAGCCCCGAGAAGAUCUUCACGGUUGUGUUGAGCUACAACGAGUUCAAAGAUAACAUGCUACUGUAG